AUGAAGUAUCCCUCACGUUUUCUUCUUGUUUCUUUUUUCCUCGUACCAUUUCUCUUGGUCUUCGCUGUCUCAUCCCCCACCAGCGCUAUUCCCAUAACCACAUCAUCAUUAUCUUCACCGGCUGCGGAUACUACGACUGGUGCCGGUGAUGUCCUUUCCCGCAGUGCGGUGAUCGUCACCCUCGCCGGUGUGUGGUCCCCCGCCGCCGUGCGGAAUGCCUCCUUCGCCGCCGCCGUCGAGCGGGACGUGGCGGUGGCGCUCGGGCCCCAACGGGCCGCGGCGUGGCAGGCGGUUCCACCCGACGCGAACGGCGGGCCGGCGACGGUGGAGUUGGAGGCGUGGGCCGACGGCGGCGCACUGGUGGAUCGUUUACUGCUGGCGGCGGACUGGGCAUACACACAGGAGUAUUAUGCGGAGAUGGAGGAGGGAGGGGAUCCCGCGGCGUCAGCGGCACAAUCGGCGGCGGAUGGAGCUUCAGAGCACAUGGCCUCAGAGUCAAUGCCAUCCAUUCUUUCAGGAUCAAGUUCUCCAUCAAAUUCCGCAUCAGAAUCACAAUCAGAAUCAGAAUCAGGAUUAGGAAAUGUGCCAAGGUCAGGUCCAACAUCGUUUAGCGUAUUAAAACAAAAGAUGAGAAAAAUCUCAGAGGCAGAGUUAGAGGCUGCCCAGACAUUUAUACAAUUAACAAGAAUGAUGGCUGUAGAUGAAUCUUUUGUGACAGCGACUCGUAGAAGUGAAGAUAUUUCACUUCACUUCAGUGGGACUGGAUGGGGCAAUCCGGAUGAAUUACCAGAUGCGGAACUGAGUGAAGCCAUCUUGUCUGCUGUUCAAUCUGUGGUGGAUCCCACUAAUACUGGGGGCAAUCUGCGGUGUAGUAUAGAGGACCCUAUCAAUCGUACAAAUGGAGUGGUGUUUAACUUAUUGGUAACAUCCUCUGGUGUUCAAAACAUUACAAAAUUACUCACAUCUCCCAGUUUGUAUGAUUCUUUACUAACUUACUACUUCAAUGUCACUGAACUGAGUGAUGCCGCACUUGUAGGGGUUUACAGAACUCCAGUGGAAUCGGAAGAACAAGAGUAUCGUACGCAGGUUCGUACACUAUUUAGUGGAUCAUGGAAUUUGGUUUUACAAACUGCAAAACCACAAGUUAUCGCAGCUUUAAGAUCGUCUUUUGCUGAAGCCCUGGAAUUAAAUAUAUCUCGUAUUGUUUUGGCUGAUGUCAGCGGGGAUGUAUAUCCAUUCAAUAUGCAGGUAAUUUAUUAUGUGGUACACCAGGAAGAUUUUCUUGUCAAUAAUAUUACUUCUGCCAUAGCAAAUGCAAAUUUCUCUGAAUUAUUUGAUAAUAUUUAUGUAACCUAUGGUGGAGACACAACUGUUACCCCUGCUGUUAUGGAAUCUACUAUUGUGAACUCACGAGAAGCAAGAGACGAAAGUGAAUCUGAUACUUCACUCACCUCUACACAUAAUUUACUACUCUCAGGAGAAGAAUGGCCAGAUGUGAUUCGUCUUGGUGAUGUGAGUACGUUAAAUACAGCCAUUGCAAAGGAUUUAACAGAGUUACUACCAUACAAACCCAACAGUGUCUCUGUAGAAGGUUUACCUCAACCUAAAGGGGAAGAUGGACUUCGUGUUGUGGUCUCUGUUAAACAACAAGGUGUGGCGCAGAUUAUUCCCUUCGCCGUAAACUCUUACUUUGUUCAAGCCAGUUCUCUCCCUUUGACACAAACCUUUUACCGCAAAUAUGUGGAUGCUGUUAAUACAGAAAUGAUAAAUGUCACCUGUGCUACAGUAGAAAAUAAAGGAUUUAGAAGUAUAUGCACUAGUCGGUGUAUAGGUGUUUCUGUCAUGGGUGGUUGUUUACUCUUAUUCUGUAUUAUUGGUUUUAUUAUCUAUUGUGUAUGGAGAUCACUUGCACGGUAUGUGGACCCAGCGAAAUAUGAUGAUGAACUUGUACGUAUUCCUCCCCAUCUCAGUCCCUUUGCUGGUGGUGUAGUGACGAGUCCAAAUUAUAAUCCCAUUCGAACUUUCUAUGGCGGUGGACAAAAUGUGAAUUAUCGUGUUGGGGAUCCGGGCCCAAUGUAUCCACCAGGCUCCACCGGCACAGUGCCGUUUGGUGCACGAAAUCCAUUUUCAACACCGGCCGCACCCGAGUCUCGUUUAGUGGCACUUUCGGGUUCACAGUCAAAUGCGUCUGUGCUGCGGCAGGGCGCUGUGGUGAUUCCCAGCACGACUGGCGAUAGAAGUCUUGAUAUGGUGAUGGUCCCACGUGAGGAGUACGAACGCCAACAGAAUGUGUGA